CGCCCGCUUCCGGCCGCGCGGCGCAGGCGUCGUGGGCCGCGAGCGGAGUUGGGGGUCGCCAGGUCUGAAGAGAGCACCUAGGAAACUGCUUUUCUUCCGAGUCCCCAGGUCCACAGUCGUGAGGCCAGUAACAGCAGCAGGUGAGGAGAGCACCAGCGGGGUUUCAGGGGUAUUUCAUUAAAGAAGGAAGAUCCUGUCCACUGUGUGGAGAAUGGACUGGAACACAGAGGACCACACAGGAAUUAGCUGUGGAAGGCCAGUGUGAAUGCAGUUUCUCUGGAGGCCAGAAGACACCAUCCGACCUCCUGGCACUGGAGCUAUCGAGGUUGUGAGCUGUCAUGUGGGACCAAGAUCCACACUGAUGGACCCAGGCGUGUGGAUGGAGACCCAGCCGGCAGAAAGAAGAAACUGCUGAAGGGACUGACAUGGGACAGCAACGCGGGAGCAGGACCGGCCUCACCCACAGAGAAGUGUCCCGGGUCGUUGGGCUGCUGUUCGCCAUGGCCCUUAUGAACGUGGUCCUUUACCUCUGCCUGGAUCAGUUUUUCAUCUCCCCUGGGCGACCCGCCAAGGACUCUGGGCGCUGUCCUCGGGGUUACUUCAGGAUGGGGCGGAUGAAAAAUUGUUCCCGCUGGUUGUCCUGUGAGGAGCUGAGGACAGAAGUGAGGCAGCUGAAGCGCAUUGGGGAGGGAGCCGUGAAGAGAGUCUUUCUGUCUGAGUGGAAGGAACACAAAGUUGCCCUCUCGCGGCUGACCAGGCUGGAGAUGAAGGAAGACUUCCUCCACGGACUGCAGAUGCUGAAGUCUCUGCAGAGUGAGCACGUGAUCACGCUGGUGGGUUACUGUGAGGAAGACAGCACCAUCCUUACCGAAUACCACCCCUUUGGUUCCUUGAGCAACCUGGAAGAAACGCUAAACCUUUCAAAGUACCGGGACAUGAACACCUGGCAGCAGAGGCUGCAGCUGGCUGUGGAGUACGUCAGCAUCCUUAACUACCUGCACCACAGCCCCCUGGGCACGAGGGUCAUGUGUGACUCUAACGACCUACCCAAAACGUUGUCCCAGUACCUGCUGACAAGCGACUUCAGCAUCGUGGCAAACGACCUGGACGCGCUGCCCCCGGUGGACCGGGACUCCGGGGUCCUCGUGAAGUGUGGCCACAGGGAGCUCCACGGGGAUUUUGUGGCUCCAGAGCAGCUGUGGCCCUAUGGAGAGGACACGCCCUUCCAGGAUGAUCUCAUGCCCUCCUAUGAUGAGAAGAUUGACAUCUGGAAGAUCCCGGAUGUCUCUAGUUUCCUUCUGGGGCACGUGGAAGGGAGCGAUAUGGUCCGAUUCCAUUUGUUCGAUAUACACAAGGCGUGUAAGAGCCAGAUCCCUGCAGAAAGACCCACAGCUCAGGGUGUCCUGGACACUUACCAAAAGGUUUUACAUUCACUCAGAGACACCGUGAUGUCUCAGACAAAAGAAAUGCUGUAAAAAUAAGCCAUGGAGGCCGGCGGUGGUGGUGCAUGUCCUUAAUCCCAGCACUUGGGAGGCAGAGGCAGGAGAAUCUCUGUGAGUUCGAGGCCAGCCUGGUCUACAGAGCGAUGCAGAGUUCCAGGACAGCCAGAGCGAUACAGAGAAAUCCUGUCUCAAAAAACCAAAAAAUAAGCCAUGGAGCGAUGGGCUUUAUGGAGAAAUGGCAUCCCAGACAGUCUACUCUUGAUGAGCUUCACGCUUUGUUGACUUUGGCUGUUCGGCCAUGAAGGCCCAUCUCUACAUCCGCCUGCACAUUUUGAGUGCUCUGCUCUCCCAGCAACCUGGAUAGAAGUUGUGGAGCCAGAAAACCUUGCUCCACUGUGCUGCCUAGAGAAGAUGCAGAGAAUUGGUGCAUAUAUACAGUGUUUAAAGGGAAUAAUGAAACAGUAAUCUUGCAGCCAUAGGGCCUACCCAGGUAACAGGUAUUAUAGACUGGUGGGAGAUGGAAAUCUUUAGAUGUCCAUUUGUGGAAAACAAAAACAAACAAACAAACAAACAAACAAAAUCCCAGUUCUUCAGGGAGCAUCUCCUAAUUCAGAAAGUCCUGUUGGAAGAUCCCUGAUAGGGAACUUGCCUGGUUACAUGCAAAGCUGUAAAUCUGACCCAAAGCAUGCGCAUUUGACACACUCAUGCUCAAAGACCAUUCUGGGUGUCCAGAGUAUCCCCUCCCACCCCACCCCUUUUUUAAUUUUUUUAUUUAUUAUUAUUAUUAUUUUUUUUUUUUUUGGUCCAGUGAGGUCCUGGUCAGUGUUGGAGAUGAUUUUCCAUGUAGCUUCCAUGUUGUCCCCUCUCUUUGAGCCAGGUGCCCUAUGACAGCAUGCUCUGGAGAUUGUGAAUGGCUAGGAAUGUUUGAAAGAGUGAGUUGAGCGACCUUUCUUCCCUGUCUUGGAUGGUGCUUUGAAAUUCCUGCUGACCUGGAAUCUGUGUGAAUGUUUUGUAUCCAGUGUCCCUCUUCACUAGAAGUGCUAAGGCUCCCCUGGGCUUGGAUGACUGAACACUUAAAAUAAAACUGUGGAGCCGGAAAUGAUGGUGCCCACCUGUAAUUCCAGAGACAGACAGGAGGAACCAGGAAUUCUGGGCUAUCCUGGGCUAUAUACCAUGAUCCUCGCUCCCCCAUCCCAAUUAAAAAGGAAAAAAAAAAGGUCUCUGUGGUGCUGGCAUCCCUAUUUGGGAGAUGUGAGAGAUCUGGUGAGUAUUAAUGGUCACUCACAGGUGCUUCCUGUCUCCCCUGAACCUGAGCAAGCAACAGAGCCACCUGCAGUUACAGAUGGGGCUCACCUCAGGGCCUCCAGCUUCAGAGGUCUAGAGUGAAGUCCAGGAAUUUACAACUGGUUCCCUGUGCUGCUGCUGCUGCUCCUCCUGCUGCUGCUUCUCUUCUGAGGGCCACAGUUUGAGGCACAUUGCCUCCUGGAGGAGAUACAACAGGCAGAAGAAAUAGGCACCAUUGGUUCUGUGUUGUCCUCUGCAGCCAUGGCUGACUAGGGGGUGAUCUUGCUCAGAGUGUCUGAGCUGUCUCUUGGGGCGCACAGGUUUCUCCAUUCACUUUGGGUAUACAAAAGCUCCACCAAAACCCACUGGCUUAAGGAUAUUAUUAACAAGUGUUGACCAGGGUGUGGAGUGAUUGGAGCCCCGACUGUGUUGCAGGGGCAUGUUAGGGAAACAGUCUGACAGUUUUUCAGAAAGUUUAAACAGAGUUAUCACGUGUCCCAGCAGUUCUUCCAAGGAUAUACCCAGUAGCAUCAAAAAGAUGUUCACAUUAUCCAUUAACAUUGAUGGCACAACUAUUCAUAACGGACAAAAGGUGAAAAAAAACCAAAUGUUGGUCAAUAACAGAGAUGUGUAUAUCCAUAAGAUGGGAUUAUUCAAGCUUAAAGAAUGACAUCCCAGUGAAUGCUGCAGUUACUGAGCCUUGAAAACGUUCUGCGUGGAAGAAGCCUCUCAUAGAAGCCGGUAUGUCACAUCCUUGUAUCUGGAAGAUCCAGGCCUAAAACCAUUGAAACAGGGCUGGUAGCAGGGCGCAGCUGAAGACGAACUGAUGAAGUGUGCUAAGACUACACGGUGGGAGAGGGUUACACAACCCCAGUACUCGGCACUGAGUUGUACUCAAAGGGAAAACCUUUAAAGGCUGACCACAAGGCUGCGUGUUUCUGGUCCUUUAACUCGAGGGCAAUCCCAAUGGGAUGGAAUGAUCCGAAGUACUAAGUCCUGAGAGGCCACUGAGUACAAAUGAGAAUAAAACACUAAAUCUUAAUUCUUUGUCCUGCUUCAUGGACACUGUGUUCACUUAGAGUCCUCACUUCAUAUUAACAAGAAGCUGUCGCUUGACAAAAAUUUGGGAAAAAAAUAAACAGAAACAUCAGAAGAGAAGUGAAACGUGACUAAUAACAUUGCCAUAACAACUGGAAUGCGUGGUCUGCUCUGCCUUCGCAUGCCUCUGCAAAUGGGUUUUCAGUGCUCCAAAAGUCUUGACAUGGUGUUUUAAAGUCCCAAAAAGAUUAAAAAAAAAAUUAUUUUACAGUUAUUUCAUAUACAGAAGGGAGAAGGCAAACUGGAAUUACAGGUGGUUGUGAGCCAAACCGAACCUGAAUCCCAAGAACAGUAAGCACCCUUAGAGUCUAGCCUCAUGAGUUCACUUUCUGUUACUCGUUUAUUAACUAAUGUAUGGGAGUGUUUUGCCUGCGUCAGUGUCUGUGUACCACUUGUGUGCAGUACUGUGGAGGCAAGAGGAAAGUGUUGGGUCCCCUGGAACUGGGGUCAUAGACAGUUGUGAGCUGCCAUGUGGGUCCUGGGUUUCAAACCUGUGUCCUCUGGAAAAGCAGACAGUGCUCUUGACCACUGAGAGCACUCUCUCUGGCCCCAUGAGUGAUGUUCUUAAGCGCUCCAUAGAGCCGUGUGGGGUCCGUGUGAUCUACCACAAUGACUUGGAAACUUGGUGUCUACGGCAGCUCUUCCGAGUCCCUCUGCUGGAGAGCUCCACAGGCACUUCACGUCAGCUCCCAUCUUUUCUGGGUUGAUGUCUGAAACAAGCCUCAGCCCCUUAAGACCAUCAUUGCUGUCUUUAGUUACUGUUUUGAUUUGUUUUUGAGGCAGGGCUUCUCAGGGUAACCUUGACUGUCCUAGACUUGCUUUGUAGACCAGGCUGGACUAGAACUCCCAGAGAUCCUCCUGCCUCUGCCUCCCAGAGUGCUGUGAUUACAGGCGUGCACUGCUGGACCCGGCCUUCACUGAUGUCUUGAUGAAGGUGAUGCCCAGGGCUUUCUUGGGUACCCAACCAGUGAUUGCUUCAAAGAUCUUGUGAAGGAACUGGUGGGACUGAUGGAACCAGCAGGUCUGCCCCUCCCCCCCCUGCGCCCAGUCUUUCUGUGAUUUGGCACCACAACUAUAUCUCCUGGUUACCUGUGUCCCAGGAGAUACACGUUUUCAUGGUCAUUGUUAUGACAUCUGUCACUAUCCUUCUAUGCUGUUUCCCUCAAAAAAAAAAAACCACAUUUUUUUCAUUGACACAUAAUUUAUUAUAUCCAUCAUUAUGUCUGAAACAUUAAAAAUAAGGACCGUAGAGACAUAUUCUGAAAGAGAACAUUCCAGUGUUUUAUUAAGCUCUGUAAAACCUUGCACUUAGCCUUUGCUUUUCAUAUGCCCAAUUAAGGCACAAGAGGUUCAGGUUGGAGGCUAGAUUACAUUUAUUUCAUCGAAUUUCCAUGUAAAACCAUUAAGCGUAUAUGUUUUCUUUAUUCCUCUACUAACAGAGUUUUAGGACCUUUUAAAAAUAUAUAGUGUGACUUUAUUUUUUUAAUGCAGAUUGCAAGAAUAGAAAAAAAUUACAAAAGUGGGAAGCUAGAGUAAUUUUUAUUUCCAUACAAUAAGGCAAAACUGAGUUUGGGAUGGUUAACUAGGAAUGACCCCCAUAGACUCAUAGACUUGACUGCUUGGCCCAUAGGACGUGGUACUAUUAGGAGGUCUGGCCUUGUUGGAGGCAGUGUGUCACUGUGCAGGCGGGCUUUGAGUCUCCUGUGCUCAAGCUAUGCCCAGUGUGACACACCGUCUCUCCCUGCUGCCUGUGGAUCAAGAUACGGAACUCUGCUCCUUCUGCAGCACCAUAUCUGCCUGUGUGCCGCCAUGUUUCCCACCACGAUGGAAAUGGAAGCCUCUGAACUGGGAGCCAGCCCCAAUGAAAUGUUUUCUUUCUAAGAAUCCUGGUGUCUCUUCCCAGCAGUAGAACACUGAGGACGACAGGCACAGGAGAGAAGCUCCGCAAUGGCUGCUGUCACUCACCUCUCCUCUCAGCACUGGGCUGCCUCAGGGAGCAGCAGGGGCCAGCCACACAGUGCUAAGUGUCAGCCCCUGUGUUAAUGCCGCAGUCCUCAGGGGGAAGCACCUUGAUCCUACAAGCAGCCCCCCCACCCCCGCAGUGGUCAAUGGGAGAGCUCUCUCCCAGCUUGGGGUCUGGAAACCUGAAUGCGUUCCUGGACUUGCCUGGAUUUUUUUAUCCUUUUAAAACCAGCUCUCCAUUCUGUCUUGUCUCUCCAUCCUUUCUUUCCUUGGUCACUCUUGAGGCAGCUACAGCUCAGAUCUCCACUGCAUUUUGCAUUUUGUUUGGUUUUAGUUAUUAUUAUUAUUUUUUUUUUUUUUUAUCCACUCAAGGGAAGGCUUUUUGUGCCUGGAGCUGUAACACCAGAGGUAGCAGUACAGCGGACACAGCUCACUCAUCAGUGAGCUGGAGCAGCCUGGGGUUGGGGCCAAUCAAAUCUGAGCCUCUUUAGUACCAGCCACAGAUAAUGAGGUUUGAAUUUUGGAUCAACCACAAUCUCCCUUCCUCUCCUAGCUAAUGUCCCCAAGGAGUCAUUGUGAAUGUGUCCAAGAAGCCUACCCACCUUGCAAAGCAUAUGUCAGAUGCUGCCUUAGCAUCUUGUUUUUCUAUCAUGGUGAAAGAAUCAGACUAACUUUGUAACCUAUGUUUCUUUUAAUUGCCUUAUCACUUAUAUUUUCAAGUUUUAGGCCCAUGUUAAUUAAAGCCUCUUAGUGCUUCUCCAGAGAGCCGAGGAAUGUAAAAGUUCCUGACAUCAGCCAUCUGUGAGGGCAGAGACACAGAAGAGAACAAGCAGAGAUCCCUACUAAAUGAAGAGUAAAUCACUGAUUGGUACCUGUGAAAUGGGCUUUGUUUGAAAACCGGACCAAAUGACCCCAAUCCUUCGCCUGCAUAGCUCCUGACCUUUGAUCCAAAGCCUGUAACCCCUACUCCUCAGAAUAGACACGGGAUGAGUUAAUCACUCUCCCACCUUUAACUGUAGCUAUAUCUCAUAUGGCAAGAAAUUCCAAACUGACUUGGAGAUCAGGUAUUUACGGCAGGACUGACCAGACCUAAGGGUGACCAGAACUAACCAAUUAUUUUAAAAGUUAAACACCUCAUCCAAUCCUGAAUCGCCAUGAUAGCAACCCCAGGAGAUUCCCACCUUUUGCCUUUUAAAAACCUAAGGUCUUUGUCUCCCUUGUCUCCCGGUGCCACUCCUUGCUGACCAGCAUGGGUGACCCCAUUGUGCAAUGGUCAAAAUAAACUAACCUCUUGGGAUUUUGCAUCGAUGGAUGAAUAGUUUCCUGAGUUCUCUUCAUCCCUUUUUAUAUUUAGGCUCUCGCUGGGUCUAACAAUGGCACUGAUCACACUGCUUUUGUAUUGGAACAUCAAGUAGUUCAAGUAAAGAAUGUAAAAAUAACGCAGGGUGUACCCAUAUGCCUCUUUGCUACCAAACCUAAGGAACAACCCUGCCAGUUGAAGUCCACCAUGACACUGGCUUAACAUUCUACUCUCCCCUUAGCUCUCCUCCUCCCUCGGGGAGUCCUAUAGAAGAGUUGAGGGAAUGACUGAGGGAGCUGGAGCAGUCAAGGGCUCCACAAGAACUCCUACAAAGUCAACUAACGGGGGCCUAUGGGGGCUCCUCAGAGACUGAACCACCAGCCAAAGAGCAUGCAUGGACAAGACCUAGGACCCCUACACAUAUGUAGCAACUGUGAAGCUUGGUCUUCACAUAGGUUAUCUCUGACUCUAAUGCCUGCCUUUGGAUCCCAUUCCCCUAAAGGGGCUGCCUUGUCUGGCCUCAGUGAGAGGAUGCGGGCCUAGUCCUGCAGCAUCUUAAUGUUCCAGGGCAGGCUGGUCCCCGUGAGGGACCUCCCCUUUCUCUGAGGAGAAGGAGAGGGAAGAAUGGGAAAAGGGGUGUGCAAGGGAGGCCUUCAAUCAGGAUGUAAAAUGAAUAAAUUAGUGGGGGAAAAUGUGAUUUUUUUUUCUAUCAAAAACUAUUAAACGUUUAGAAGCAAAGUAUUUUUUUUUUAAUCCCAUCUACCUGGUAAGACUUUUAUGCAAAACGUAGUAAAACCCUUUAAAACCUUUGUUUACACAAAGGUCCCUUGCUGUUUUAGGAAUUUCAUGGCCUGGAGCAGUGACCUUUUUUCCUUGGUACAGUGACCCCUUUCCCCUUCCUCCUUCCUUACAUGUGGGCCAAGUCUGUUCAGACUAGCUAAUUGGAUAAGAUUGUGAAGUCCAGCCACUACCCAAAUUACAAUAAACACCGAGUUUACUUCCUGUC